UUAGGUUACGAAAAUCUUGGUUGCUUGCUCGACUUGAUUAAUUUUAAUUUGUAACAUAAAAAAUGUGUAAGACUUGCUUAUAAGAAUCUUAUGAGAACAAAUAUUAGUGCUCUGUUUAUAUUUUCCAUGUGGGAUAUGUAACGGCUCCUUCUACACCAUCAGUAUGCCAACAUUCCUCACACCAGGCCGGCAUGGCUACAGCGUCAGAUUCUCAAAGACAAGGCCUGACGCGCUAGCAGUCGCCACCAGCCAGUAUUAUGGGCUUGCGGGGGGAGGAACACUCUUCUUCCUUGAGCUGGCCCCAGAUGGCUCCACACUGUUGGAACUUCAAAAGCUGGAAUGGAGUGAUGGGUUGUUUGAUGUGACGUGGUCAGGUACCACAGACGGCGCGGCAGCGUGCGGCGCGGGCGAUGGUGCUGUUAUAGUGUGGCGAGCUGGCAACGCCGCGCCGCUACGGGUGCUCAGAGCUCACACCAGCGAAGUGUGUUCCGUGGACUGGCCGCGAUCGCAUUUGCUCAGUGCGAGCUGGGAUACUACUAUUAAAUUGUGGGAUCCAGAGUCCGAAGCUUGCCUCAGCACUUUCGCCGGCCAUUCACAGCUGGUAUACACAGCGGCGUUUUCUCCACAUUCCGCUGCUACCUUCGCCUCGGUGUCAGGGGACGGCCAUCUCAAGUUGUGGACGUGUACUGAGUCUGGUAGACCUGCAGCAGUGGUGAAGGCACAUGAUGCUGAGGUAUUAUCUUGCGAUUGGAGCAGAACUGAAACGCACGCGCUUGCGACGGCCGGCUCUGACGGACUAGUCAGGGGUUGGGACUUGAGGAGACUCACUUCGCCCAUGUUCACGUUAAAAGGUUGCGAGUGUGCAGUCAGAAGAGUACAAUUUUCGCCGCACGCGCCGUCAGUUAUCGCGGCGGUGUCAUAUGACUUCACUACAAGACUGUGGGACCUCAAACGCGGGUGCGAGCCUUUAGAAACCAUCCGGCAUCAUUCGGAGUUCACGUACGGGCUCGACUGGAACGCACUUCGCCCGCACCAGCUGGCCGACUGCGGCUGGGACUCGCUCGUGCACGUGUUCACGCCGCGCUCGCUGGCCUGAGGUACUGAACCUUAAUACGUAGGUUAUAAGAGCUAAGUUACAACAGCGCGCCCGCACCUUAAUACGUAGGUUAUAAGAGCUAAGUUACAACAGCGCGCCCGCACCUUAAUACGUAGGUUAUAAGAGCUAAGUUACAACAGCGCGCCCGCACCUUAAUACGUA